AUGGCGAUGGCAGCGGACGGAACAGUGGUGGGGAAUAUGAAAAAUGGUCAGAUUAAUGGUUUGUCCAUUCAAAAGCAAGCAGAAGGAAAAGAAGAACAUCGGAGACGACCUACGAGCUUCGCACGGUGGUCGCUUGCAGUUGCCCUACGGCUAGUCAUAUGGUACGCUUUACUUACGCCAUUCUUCUACUGCCCAUCGACGCUACCAGAACUUGAUAACACUUCUCCAACGGUUUGCAAGCCGUACCUGAUUGCGCGGUCACAUCUCGAGCCUCAUGUAACUCGGUAUUAUGAAGCUUACGGAGCUACAUAUGUCGACACCAUUCGCCCAUAUGCACGCAAUUUCAACGAGAAGAUAUACACUCCUACUACUGAUUUCACAAAACGAAAUUACCGCGCAUAUGGAGCGCCCCAUAUUGAGAAGGCAGCAUCAUAUUUUCAGAACAAGUGGGGAGAAAUCGUUACGCCUCAUAUCCAUUCAUUACAAAGCUCCUUGAGCCGUACAUACCAAUCGUCAAUUGAGCCGCAUUAUGCACGCGUUGCUUCAGUAGUAACCUUCUAUUAUAGCACAACAGUUUCCCAGGUUGAUUAUCUGCGCCAAACGUAUAUUGUACCAGUUUACGGACGAACGAAGCCAGUUAUUGUCAGCAUGUAUUCCUACACAUACGAUAGUGUGGUGAACAAGAUCUACCCGUACAGUAAGAAGACGUGGUCAUAUCUGGCGACAUUCAUAAACGAGGCGCUUCUGCCUGGAGUUUCUAGACUCUACCGCGAAAACGUUGAGCCUCAGCUGCUUAGGAUUGGUGAGAAGCUCGCAAGUUAUCGCGAGGGCAGGAAGCUUGGUGCUGUUGGUGAAGAAGCUGAAAUUUUAUCCGAACCAUUUAGCUCAACCCCCACCGUUUCAACGUUAGCAACUACAGUAUCACCGAAGACGUCUGAUUACAGUCCGUCGACCACUGCGACUUCGACUUCGGUAUCUGUGCCAGACCCUGAGCAAUCAGUGGAUAAGGCGAGCCUUGCGCGCGAAACAAUAGCCUCGGAUUUGAAAACAUGGCAAGAAAAGUUCGCUACUGCGGCUGAUAAAGGAGCCGAAGACCUCAGUGAACGGGUCGCUAAGAUUGUAGAGAGCUACGUAAAUGACACGCAGGGAUCAGGCGAAGCGCUCGUAUCCGAGUUGGAAUCGUGCGUAAUUUACCUGACGAAUCCACCUUCGAAGAUCGCGAAGCCGCCGAGGGAUCAAUUGGCACAAGCUGUUAGGACAUCGGCUUAUGCUAUCCGGGAAGCUGCACAGAAGCUUCGAGAGUGGUUCGCGGACUUUAAUAGUGACCUUCAUGUGAGGGUAACCUCCGCCUCUGACGCUACCAUCGAGGUCCUUGACCAGAUCCGUGACCUGAGCCUUCAGAAUAUUGGGAUGAAAUGGGCGUGGAUGGAUGGCGUGACAUACAAGGAUUGGGCGAAAUAUAAUGCGCUGAAGAAACAACUUCACAGCUGGCGCGAGGAAGUUAGGGAAGUUGGUAUGCAACAUGGUGCUUAUGAAGAAGCAAAGGCCCUCGGAAUUGAUAUUAUUAACAAAGGAAUGAGGAUUGCGGAAAAAACGGCGAAGGAGCUUACUAGGUUAAAGGAGGUUGGGAAGUGGAAAAUCGAAGCGGAGGAUAUCAGCGAUGAUUUUGAGACGAAGACGAGCGAUGCGGCUGAAGCUCGUGCCAGCAAGAUAGCAGCAAUGGGUCUGGGUGAACCAGAACCAGAACCAGAUGCUGAAUAUCACUCGACAUCACCACCCGAGGAUAAGUCCAACGAGGCGAACCCGCUUGAUGAAGAUCCUUCAUUCGACACGGAUCCCGCUAUUAGCCACGACGAUAUGCCCGAAGCCAGUGAUGUGGGAACCCCCGGAAACAGCGCUUCUGGGGACGAACAAGACGUUCCACUAUCUGUUGUAUUUACAAGCAGUAUACCAACACCCGAACCUGAGUCUGAGCCUGAGCCCGAGCCCGAACCAGAGCCCGAACCAGAAUCAGAACCCGUUUUGGAUGAUGAGGCUACUACCACUGGGCCUAAGGUUUGGGGUGGGGCUGCCGCUGAAUUCAUAGAACAUGAAAAUCAUGUCCCUGCUAAUACUCCUGAGCAGACUUUUGAUGCUACGCCGUCUUCAUCCCAGCAGCCCUCUGUAUCAUCGAACGUGGCUCCGUCGGAGACAGUCCUCUCAGAGCAAUACUCCAUUCCCAUGCCGCCCCCCGAAGCCAGUUCCAUUUUUUCAGACUCUCUUUCUCAGGCUAAGAAACUGUAUGACAUUUCACAUUCGGCCGCCAGAGCUCAGGAUUCUGGAAUUCCUGAUGAAAGAAUUGUCGCCUCCAUCGAAUCCGCUUACUCCGGGUCUCUCCAACACGCGAGUGAAAAACUUGAAUCUCGUCUCAAAGCAGCUUCAGAAUACGCAGGAAUUCCCCUCAGCCCUUCUCCCACUGCAACAGUAAACGAUGACACGCUCUCAAGUGCUUCCGCAAAGCUCCAAGAGAAUCUCGAACAUGCCUCUCAGAGCCUCGCAAGCGCAGUCGCAAGCGCCACUGACGAAGCAGCCUUUCCCGGCCAGCAGAUAAUCCUCGAUGCGCGUCGCCGUUAUUACGAAGCCAUUGGCCUCGCUCAUGACGAGUAUUCUAUCUUCAUCAACUCUGCGUCUAGUCAUGUACAACCUACUGAAGAAACGAGUAUCAGUAGUCCAACCAGCGACAAGCCCAGCAAGCCAAUUCUCGAGGAGGCCAGUUCCGAAUUUAGCGUCGUCUCGUCUCUGGCAUCUGCUAGCCUAGAUGCAGUUCUGUAUUCCGUUAGCUCGGUGGGGACCGCCAUCGCUCCCGCCUCCGCGACUAGGAUUAUUGAGGAUGCCUCCUCGAGGUUCCACGAUGCACUCUCCGCUGCUGCGGCGUCUCUUGAGUUGGUGUCAUCUUCUUCGAGUACUAUUGCUAGCUCUCCAAAACAUACUGCUGCUCACGAAACAGGCAGGGACGAGCUGUAG